AUGAAUAAGACUCUGUGUGAGUCAAUUAGAUGGUAUGUCAGUCAAAUAAAGGGAUCAAAUCCUGAAGACAUAGCUGAUGGUGAUAACUUUACGUGUGUCGAGUUUAAUGAGUCCGGAGAAUUGUUAGCUACUGGUGAUAAAGCAGGUCGUGUUACGGUUUUUAAGAAUAAUAAAGAUACUGGAUUAUAUGAUAUUUAUUGCACAUUUACGAGUCAUGAACCAGAAUUCGAUUACUUAAAAUCUCUGGAGAUCGAAGAGAAGAUUAAUUCAAUUACUUGGCUUCAAGCAUAUUCUUCUGCUCAUCAUCUUCUUUCAGCUAAUGAUAAAACCAUUAAACUGUGGAGAUUAUCAGAAAGACACUAUGAAGCAUAUAAUUUUAAUAUACGUGACGAUGAGAAUGCUAGUUUAUGGGAUGAAAGCUCGGAUCGACUGAAUAUGAUCGGACCACCAAUUCCUCACAUAAUUACUCCAGAUAAACUGCGUAUUCCGAAGUUUCGUAAAUCUCGUCAUCUUACAAUCGAAGCCCGCCCACAACGUUUUUUUGCCAAUGCUCAUGCUUAUCAUAUAAAUGCGGUUUCUGUAAAUUCUGAUCAAGAAACAUUUCUUUCGGCUGACGAUUUACGCAUUAAUCUUUGGCAUUUAGAUGUGACCAAUCAGUCAUUUACUAUUGUCGAUUUAAAACCGUCAAAUAUGGAGGAUUUAAGUGAAGUCAUUACUUGUUCACGGUUUCACCCUGUUCAGUGUAAUAUACUAGCCUAUUCAACUAGUCGAGGUUUGAUUCGGUUAUGUGAUAUGCGAUAUCGUGCUCUAUGUGACGAUCAUGUACUUGUGUUUGAGGAUCCAAGUCUUUCACAAAAUCUGGGAUUUUUCGCCGAUAUUAUUGCAAGUUUAUCGGAUUUUCGCUUCGGUCAUACUGGAAAUUAUCUUUUAGCCAGAGAUUAUUUAACAUUGAAAAUUUGGGAUAUGAGAAUGGGCGAUCGACCGUGUGAAAUUUAUUCAGUUCAUGAACCAUUUCGAUCACAACUUUGUAUGUUGUAUGAAAAUGAUGCUAUUUUUGAUAAAUUCUUAUGUGGAUGGUCUGAUGAUGAUAGGUAUGCAAUAACGGGAUCUUACGGCAACCUCUUUCAUAUAUUUGACCGUCACAAUGGCUCUGAUUGGUUGUAUGACCUUGACGAUUCAAGCAAUCCUUAUAACACAAAUUCUGUAUGUAAUACUGAGGGUUACUUAUCACCUAAACGUUUUAUGUCUCCUGAUGAUCCAAUUGGAAGUCGGUUGGGUUUAUCUUCAAUUUUCGUAGCACCAUUGGAUGCUGUGGAAGCUCUCUUUCCAGAAACGACGAGUCAAACCAGUUCGCAUAGCAGCUAUAGUGAUAAUAAUGAUUGGAGUAAAUUUGACGAUAGUUCGAACACCUCAGAGGUGUCACCUGGUAGAACAAAGCUAUCUAACUGUCAAUUAGAAGAUCCCAACCCUACAGAGAAUACUCCCUCAGCACCGCCAACAGGUUCGAAGCGUCGAAAGCAAAUCCUUCCUUCUCGUGCUGAUAUUUCUACUGAUUCUCAUUGUGUUGUACAAAGUGAACACGGGAAGGCCCGUAGUUGUCACCACAAAAGUGAACAUCGUCAUCGCAACAAGCAUUCUCAAUGUGAGAGGAUAGAGAAAUGUGGAUACGGUGUUAGUUCUUCUUUCACAGUACCGAACUCAAAUGAUGGUCAUGAGUUAUCAAGUGUCAUUGAAAAUUUACUGCCUGUCAAAAAAACGUCUAUGGAAGAAUUUCAAUCAGGGACAUCAACUGUCCCUGGAAUGCACCAGAUACACUGUCAACGUGAGAUACUUCACUUAUCCUGGCACCCGAAGAAAUUCCUUACAGUAGCUCAAUCGGGCAAUCAGAUGUUUCUUGUUUCAGGUCAGCCGACAUUUAGUGGUGCAUUGCCUUCACAGAAGGAUUCGAGUAAUUGCUCUUCCUGUUUAUCUAAGUCAACUGACGAUGAGAACAACAUACCUAGUGGACAUUGUGAAGCGAGAUCCACAUCUAUAAGAGAUAACGUAUUGACCAGAUUAUCUGUAAAUUGUUUUGUGCCAACGACUUCUUAUCUGUUAGUGUUUACGGCCUUUCAAGUAACGGUUUGA